UAGUAAACAGUCUGUAGGAUUCACCCAGUGACGCCCAUACGACCUGAAAAUCAACUAUUAGCUACGAUAUUAACUACUCACAAAUUGUGUUUAGGGGAGCUAUCACAAUGGAGCCAUCGGGACAGGGUGCCAACGACCAUGCCCAAAACUCAGUUGGCGUCGGUGAGCACCCAUGGGAGGUAACAGACAUGACCAGGCUCCGCCGCUUCCUCUGUUACGGCUCGGAAAUGGCCAUCUAUGACACCAAGGAGCACCGGCUGGGCAUGGAGAGUGCCCUGGCUCUGCUCUCUCUGCUCCAGGAGGGCAGGGGCUGCGAGGUGGUGGAGGAGGUCAAGAGGCUGGCUCAGGAGGGCAGGCCAGUCAGGGCCAACCCUUCCCUGUUCGCCCUGGCAGUGUGCUCCCAGCACUCGGACCUGAAGACCAGACAGGGGGCGUUCCGAGCUCUGAGUGACGUGUGCCGGGUGCCCGAGCACCUCUUCACCUUCAUCCAGUACAAGAAGGAGGCGAAGGAGGGGAUGCGAUGCGGGAUAUGGGGACGGGCCCUGAGGAAAGCUGUGUCAGAUUGGUACAAUAAACAGGACGCCAUGGGCCUGGCUCUGGCGGUGACCAAGUAUAAAACGAGAGGGGGCUGGUCGCAUCAGGAUCUGCUCAGACUCUCCCACGCCAAGCCUGCUAACGAAGCGAUCACGUUGAUCAGUAAAUACAUUACAAAAGGAUGGAAGGAGGUCCAGGUGGCAUACACCGACAAGGAGAACUCGGAGGAGGAGGUCAAAGUCCUCUCGUACCUGGAAGCGGUUGAGAGGGUCAAACACAGUGCUGACGAGAUGGAGGUCAGCCAUCUAAUAGAGGAGCAUAAGCUGGAGCGGGAACAACUGCUGACAGACCACCUGAAGUCCAAAGCGGUAUGGAAAGCAUUGUUAAAGGAGAUGCCCAUGGCGUCAAUGCUAAGAGCCCUGGGUAAGAUGACAGCAGACCAAUUCCUGGAACCAGGAUGCUCAGACGUGGCAGCGGUGUGCGAGAGGAUCCAGAGUGAGGCGGCUUUAAAGAUGGCAAAACUCCACCCCUUCAGCGUCCUGAUGGCCUCGGAAAACUACAAAAGGGGCCAAGGCAACCGGGGGAAAGUGAAAUGGGAACCAGACGGUGACAUCAUCAAAGCACUGGACUCUGCUUUCUACAAAUGUUUCACAAACGUGGAGCCGGCGGGGAAGCGCUUUGUGGUGGCGGUGGACGUCAGCACAUCUCUGAGCAGUAUUGUUAAGGGGACCUCCGUCAGCACAGCUGUAGCGGCUGCAGCCAUGGCCAUGGUUUUUGCGCGGACGGAGGCAGAGACGCAGGUUCUGGCCUACUCUGAAGGAGCUAUAGUUCCUUGCACCAUCACUGAAGGCAUGUCUCUUCGACAAGUAGCAACCGAGCUGGUCAAGAUCCCCAGUGGCUAUACAGACUGUGCUCUCCCCAUCCUGUGGGCCUCGGGGAAGGGGAUCACCGUGGACAUGUUCAUCAUAUUCACCAACAGCGCCUGCUGGCACGGCGAGGCCAACCCAGCGGAGUGUCUGAGGAUGUACCGACAGAAAUUGGGUAUCUUCUCCAAACUUAUGGUGUGUGGGUUGACCUCCAACGGCCUAUCCAUCGCUGACCCCGCCGAGGACAGGGGCAUGCUGGACCUCUGCGGCUUUGACCUGGGAGCCAUAGAGGUCAUCCGUAACCUAGCCCUGGACCUGAUCUGAGAACAGAUUCUGGAUAGCGCAAAGAAAAGACAAGGAGAAAGAAAAAUAUGGAGAGAAUUGGUGGGAUUACCUUGAAAUGGAUUUGGCUCGCAACUACGCAGAGAGCGGAUAUUCUUUUAGUUUUAUUGAUAUUUACAAUAACGGUUUCUUCAAUUUAUCAUAAAUAUCAUAUCCUCAGAAAAAUGAUAACAUCCCCUGUUAUUGGUAAUGGUGAGAGGUUAGCAUGUCUUUGGGGUAUGAUCUUUAUGUCUCCCUAACUUUCCCACUCAUCAUUAUUCACGAUUCAUUCAUGAUUAGCCGUAAUCAUGGUAGCAUUCACAUUAAUGUAGAAGUAUU